CAGUUCCCCAGGCAGUGCCCUGCGGCCCCGGCAAUGGACGCUGAGGACAGCGAGAACCUGAGUUCCAGCAGUGCAGGGGCCGAGGAGCCCUCGGGGCUGGGUGCCGGGCCCGCCCCUGAUGGCCGCGCCCCAGGGCCCGGCGAGGGCACCCUGCUCUCCAACGGGGGUGGCAGGAAACGGGCCCUGGAGGAGGGGAGCAACGGCAGCGCCAAGUUCCGCCUGAAGAAGAGGAGGAGGGCCCCGGGGCCAGCGCUGCCCAAGAAUGCACUGAUGCAGCUCAAUGAGAUCAAGCCUGGGCUGCAGUACGCGCUGCUCUCACAGACAGGGCCCGUGCAUGCCCCGCGUUUCGUCAUGGCCGUCGAGGUCAACGGGCAGGUGUUUGAGGGCUGCGGCCCCACCAAGAAGAAGGCCAAACUGCACGCGGCCGAGAAGGCCCUGCGCUCCUUCGUGCAGUUCCCCAACGCCUCAGAGGCGCACCUGGCCAUGGGCCGGACCCUGUCCACAACGACCGACUUCACGUCGGACCAGGCCGACUUCCCUGAUGCACUCUUCAAUGGCUUCGAGACGCCGGAACGCUCUGAGGUGCCCUUCUACAUGGGCGCCAAUGGCGAGGACUCCUUUAGCUCCAGCGGGGACCUCAGCCUGGCUGCCUCGCCCGUGCCCGCUAGCCUGGCCCAGCCGCCCCUGCCCGUGCCGCCCCCCUUCCCACCGCCCAGUGGUAAGAACCCCGUGAUGAUCCUCAACGAGCUGCGGCCGGGCCUCAGGUACGACUUCCUGUCUGAGAGCGGGGAGAGCCACGCCAAGAAGUUCGUCAUGUCGGUGGUGGUGGACGGGCAGUUCUUCGAGGGCUCGGGCCGCAACAAGAAGCUGGCCAAGGCCCGCGCUGCGCAGUCUGCCCUGGCUGCCAUCUUCAACCUGCACCUGGAUCAGACACCAUCCCGCCUGCCCGUGGCCAGCAAGGGACUGCAGCUCCACUCGCCGCAGGUGUUGGCUGAUGCGGUGGCCCGCCUGGUCCUGGACAAGUUCGGGGAUCUGACUGACAACUUCUCCUCCCCUCACGCGCGCAGGAAGGUCCUGGCUGGUGUUGUCAUGACUACAGGCACGGACGUGAAAGAUGCCAAAGUGAUCAGCGUGUCCACGGGCACCAAGUGCAUCAACGGGGAGUACAUGAGCGACCGCGGCCUGGCGCUCAAUGACUGCCAUGCAGAGAUCAUCUCUCGCCGUUCGCUGCUCAGGUUCCUGUACGCCCAGCUCGAGCUCGCCCUGAGCAGCAGAGAGGACCAGAAGAAAUCCAUCUUCCAGCACUCGGAGCGUGGGGGCUUCCGGCUGAAGGACACGGUGCAGUUCCACUUAUACAUCAGCACCUCGCCCUGCGGAGACGCCCGCAUCUUCUCGCCUCACGAGCCCAUUCUGGAAGAGUCGGCAGACAGACACCCGAACCGCAAGGCGCGGGGCCAGCUGCGGACCAAGAUCGAGUCCGGGGAGGGCACCAUCCCCGUGCACUCCAAUGCCAGCAUCCAGACGUGGGACGGGGUUCUGCAGGGCGAGAGGCUGCUCACCAUGUCCUGCAGCGACAAGAUGGCACGGUGGAACGUGGUGGGCGUGCAGGGCUCCCUGCUCAGCAUCUUCGUGGAGCCCGUCUACUUCUCCAGCAUCAUCCUGGGCAGCCUCUACCACGGGGACCACCUGUCCCGGGCCAUGUACCAGCGCAUCUCCAACAUCGAGGGCCUCCCGCCCCUCUACGUGCUCAACAAGCCCCUGCUCAGUGGCAUCAGCAAUGCAGAAGCACGGCAGCCUGGGAAGGCGCCCAACUUCAGCGUCAACUGGACAGUGGGUGACGCGGCCCUGGAGGUCAUCAACGCCACCACGGGCAAGGACGAGCUGGGCCGCUCGUCACGCCUGUGCAAGCACGCCCUGUACUGCCGCUGGAUGCGCGUGCAUGGCAAGAUGCCCAUCCACCUGCACCGCUCCAAGAUCCUCAAGCCCGGCGUGUACCACGAGUCCAAGCUGGUGGCCAAGGAGUACCAGACGGCCAAGGCGCGGCUCUUCACGGCCUUCAUCAAGGCGGGCCUGGGCGCCUGGGUGCAGAAGCCCACCGAGCAGGACCAGUUCUCCCUCAGCCCCUGACCCGGAGCGCGGACGUCGCAGCUCGGCGGGGCAUGGCGGGG